UGAAGGAGUCGCCCGGAAGCCGAGCGGUCACUGAUAUGAGCAGAGUUCAGGCUGCUGCUGUAGCUCGAACAGUGAAGUUUAAACAAGAGGACGAAACGAAGCUUUUCUUUCUCUGAUCAUUUAUUGUAAUGGCACAUCAGCUAAAAGACAGAGAAGCCUACCAGAGACUGAACUAUCUGCACCAGGCCGCUCACUGUGUUUUAUCUCAAAACCCAGAGAAUGUGGAGCUGGCUCGUUUCUACAGCUUCACCCAGAGAACCAUAGCGAGACGUCUGGUUCUCAGACAAGAUCCAUCGGUGAAGAGGACAAUUUGCAAAAAGUGCUUCUCUUUACUUAUCCCUGGUGUAACCGCUACAACAAGACAACAAAGGAAAAAACGCAAGACUCGCUUCACCGUGGUGACGUGUCUCAGCUGUGGCCAGAGCAAGAAGUUUCUGAAUAAUCCUGAUUAUUGUUUAUGGGUGGAUAACCCCAAGGCUCAGAUGGAUCAACAAAAACCACCAGGUGAUGAACUUCAAAUGAACACUACAUACAUUACAUCACUAUCACUGUGUAAAUUGGCUUCACAAUCAUUUGAAAUUAGAAUGAAGCCACAAACUCCUACUUUUGAACUUCCACUCAUGGAAUUAAUACUUUUUCCAAUGUGUUGCACUUGGUACGGAAUGUUUUCUUUUUAUUCCCUCUUUGUCCACAGAUUCAGGCCAUUCUGCUCAACAUCAGACAAAAAAAGACAAAAAAGCUGAUGGGUCACAGGCCUCUAAAUCCAGCGCCACUCAGAGUAAAGACGGCACAUAACAGCAGUUACUCUCUUCUGACCUCGAUAUGUAGAUGUCUGAUAUUGCGUUUUUUAAAAGUGUGUGCUGCUGUGUUGAACAAGCACAAUCAGAUGAAACUGCUGUAUAUUUCUAAAUAACAACUCUUCACUUCUGUCAUACCUUAAUUUCAUUCUGUUGAUUUAGAAAAUGUUUGGCCUCUGUACCAUCUGUGGCUUGUGUAACUACCUGUUGUGUCCUUCUGAUUGAUGCCACCAAAUGGUCUUGAUUUCAUUGAAAAUAGCAGACAAAAAUAGUGAAAGUAUGUAAAUUGUAGGUAUUAUUAUAAUUAGUUUUUAUCGCUAUAAUUUUUUAUUCUGUAGAUGCUUGUUGGGUUGAGAUAAAAAUAUCUUGACUAUUAUCAGUCUACUAACUAUUUUCCUAAAGGGCUGAUUGUAGUUUCUUUCACAUUUUCUUCUUGUCUCCUUUGGGUGCUCUGAAAUUAGUCUUCUUGGAGUAGAAAAGGUUCUUGGCAAAAAUCCUUGGAAUAUGUCCCAUGUACAAGAGCAGACCCAGGAUCAUGCCUACAAAACAGACCAGUCACUGUUAGCAGCAUGUUCACUUUGAUGAACUGACACUGAUAUGCAUGUAUAUUGAAUUUAACUAUAGUUUACCUGUCAGCGGGCCCAGCCAGUAGACCACCAUGUACUCUGUGAGGGUAAAUCCAGGGCAGUGGAAGGUGAGGCCGUAAGACAAAGAUGGGUUUAUAUAAGCUGAGGUGAAGACGCUGGCUGCAAAAAGGAAAAUCAAGUUUGUUAGUUGUUCUUCGUUUCAUUGGUGAAACAAAGUUUUUUUUAUGCAAAAGAAGGGGGACAGAAAAAAUAACUCAUGAACACCUAAAAUACAAAGAUUUAAAGCUCUGAGGGAAAAAGUGUAUUAUAAGAAAAGGACGAAGGUGGAGACCAAUUGAUUUAAUUUAUAAGUUGGCUGUAAACCAAUGAUUGAAAACAUUUUGUGUAAUUAUUUCUGAGUUUCACAAUCUGAAGCAACACACAGGUGGUGACUUCACUCAUUCAUAACUGGAGAGUCAAAGUAAACUUCUGGUCUAAUCAUUUUUUUUCUAUUCUCUGUUACCUUGUGGGUUCACAGACUCUGAUCUGAAACUACUGCACAUUUACUGAGCCAAAGCAGAGAAACUAAUCGGAUGUAUAUGUUUUUUUUUUUUUUUUAAUAAAUGUAUAUUUUUGUCUCUUCA